AUGACCACCCACCUGGUUGUGUCCAACAACAACCCAACAACAUAUUUGUACUGGCUAAGAUCCGUGACGCUGUUACCACCAAGCGCUCGCUCGAGCAGGUCCGAACAACCCAGAAAACAGCCGGGGGCGCGCACCAGUAAGCUCUUCCCGUGUCCGAAAUGCCCCACGGGCUUCUCCGAGAAAGAUCAUUAUCAAAUGUACGACACGUUCCAAACCGCGUCGGCUUAUCAAGUGGUACCGAGUCAAGAGCUGCUCGUUCACAUCGACAGAUCGAUGAACCCCAGUAAGACAAACGUGUGCACGCGCUGCGGAAAAGCUUACUAUCACGUGCACCACCUGAUGCGGCACGCGAAAUUCGAAUGCGGCAUAAGUCCGAGGUUCCGGUGCUUCUACUGCUCCCAUCGAAGCAAACACAAACACGAUCUCAAGAAGCACAUCGAAAGCAAGCACAAGAGUAAACCGGUGCAUUACUACGUUGAUUGAUACGAUACCUAUAGGUAUUGGCUGAUUUAUGCAAUACUUAAUGUGUACUUGGCCGAAAAUAUCAUUUAACAUUUUGUUGCCCUAAAUUACGAAAAAAGUAAAAUUUAUUUCAAAUAUUAAAAUUUAAGUCGUUAUUUUUUAGCCAUUUUACAAAAAAAA